AUGCUAAAAUGUCGCUUAAGCAUAAUAAAACGCGAAGUUCGACAAUCUCUGACAAACGAGAGUGAACGAAUUGAUGAUAAUUUAAUUGACCGAUGUGUGGAAGUUGGCGUAGGUGCGGUUGGAACUUCGAAUCCAAUUCAACUCAUUGGGGUUGCAUAUAAUUUGUACAAGCAGCAACUUGAGUCAAGCGAUGUUGAGAAGGAACGAGCUGGCCGUAAACAUUUUGCUCUAAAAUUUUUAGAUGAAACAAUGGCUGAAGAAGAUCGUAUUUUCUGCUAUAUUAUGUACAAAUUACCUGAUGGAACACCAACGCCAACAAAAAAAAUCCGAGAAGUUGUCAGUGAUACAAAAUGUAUGGAUUUAGAAGAAUGGAAAGAAAAAGCAUAUUCAACUUUUGCUGCUAUACCACCAGUAAAAGUUGACGUAAAAAUUGUACUUCAAGAUCUUUACAUUGCUUCACUUCGAUCACUCAUCCAUAAUGAUUUUCACAUGUUGAAAGAAAAAGAUAUUGAUUGUCUUGUGGUAUAUUCGGAAUUUUUCGAUUUUGGCUUUGAUUUGCGAAAGAUUCUUCCACUUUUUGAUGAAGAUACAAUGAUCGUUAUUCAGAAUCCAUCAGUUCUUUCUAUUGAGAUUGAUGUUUUUGCUCAAGUGCAUAAAUGGCGAUGUAAAGAGUCACGUGUGUGCAUUGCUUGUGAUACAGAUGGUUUGACGAUUUCGGGACUGAUUUUAGCUCGUUACUUAUCACUUUGCACACGAUGUAGUCAUCAAGAUGCCAUUAAAGCUGUUAAAAUUUCUCAUGAAUCAUUUUUUCCACUGCCAUAUGCUAAGGGCGAAUUUUUAAGCGUUGAAUUUGAGGAAGAAGAAGCAAAUCAGUUCGAGCUUCAAGCUCCAUCUUCCGAUUCAAAGAAAAAUUUCGACCGCUGUAUGCUUCAGAAUUGCAUUCGCGUCUACAGCAACUCACCUUAA